CACUUUUUGGUGAGCUAGGACACGCGCACCAUGCUGCCUUGUUCCCGCCUCAAGUUUACACGCAGGAAAGUCCACGCCAAGUACGCCCUCACCCUCACCGUGGACUUUUAAGUGGACCUCCUCGGGACACUUUGCUCACUUCCACCAACCGCGUCCUCUUUGUUCUCUCGUGUCAACUGCCGACUCUGCGAUUGAACAUGUUGCAGAGCUUUGGUCAGUCGCAAGACUGGCUUUACUCGGACCCCCUGUUCUUUGACGACGAGUUCUGCCAAAGUUUGAUGAAGGACCUCCAGUCCCUCCCCACGCCCCCGCAGUCGCCCCCGAUGAAGACGGGCCCGGGGGGCGACAGCAAGCCCCUCUCCAAGGGCGACCAGCUGAGCUACGUCUCGGACAUCCUGCUGGAGGACCACGACAUGCAGCUCAACUGGAACUGCGCCUUCUUCCACUCCGGGGCCCCGCAAAAAGACGGGGCGACCCCGGAGGAGAGUGGCGAGGACGGCCUGUGGCAGUGCUUGGCCUCGGACAAGAUCCUGGAGGAGAAGCUGGCGUCCUCCAUGCUGGGCUCCAGCCCGCUGCUGUCGGAUAUCGACACCACCAUCUUCGAGGGGCUGGCCGGCUCCACGCUGGACUGUCAGAACCUGAUGGAGACGCAGGAGCCCAGCGAGACCACGUCGGACUACGGCUCCACCGGCGGCGAGCUGUCCGCGUACUCGUCCAGCGACUCAGAGGAGGAGAUUGACGUAGUGACGGUGGGUCGCUGCCCAUCCAGACCUUCUGCAGAACUCUCGGCCCGCCAGCAGAAGCAGGACGAGGAGCAGCGGGCUCUCCAGCGCCACCAUUUGGAGAUCCAGCAGCAGCACAACUAUGCGGCGCCGCGCCCGGCGUCGCCGCCCCCCUGCUCAUCCAGCAAGCGCUCGCGAGCCGCCGACAGACUCUCACGGCCCCCCCACUCCUCCCGCUACCACGAACACCACCACCAUCACCACCACCACUCGUCCCGGAGCUCCGCGGAGACGGAGGACGAGGAGGAGCGGCGGCGGACACACAACGUGAUGGAGCGCCAGCGGCGCAACGAGCUGAAAAACUGCUUUGUGCGUCUGCGCGACAACGUGCCCGAGCUGUCGCACAACGACAAGGCGUCCAAGGUGGUGAUCCUGAAGAAGGCCAGGGACUGCAUCUACGGCCUGGAGGACCACGCCUUCACCCUGCAGACCCAGCGGGACAAACUCCGCGCCAAGCAGGAGGCGCUCAAAGCCAGACUGGAGCAGCUCCGCCGGUAAUGGAGCACAGGGGGCGGGGCUUGUGUAAAGGGACAAAGACUAUUGGAUGACAUAACGCCUUGACUGCUGACACAAGCUCCCUUUUGAACACAUGUCUGUAGCCAUAGCAACCAACCAUCCCUCCAGCUUUGAUAUGAUGCUGCACGUUUAGUUCCUCUUCCAGCCGUCAGUUGGAACUCUGCCAAAGUUUAGAUUGUUUCCUCCGACGCCUCCCGCCGGUGUCCUGACGACACCUUCAGGUCCUGCCGGGAGGAACACUGUGACACUCACCUUUUCAUCUUCUUCCCGUCGCUCGGACGUUUCCCCACGCAAACACGAGCCGAGGUAUCAAAUAUCAUGUUCCCACAUUCCCUGCUCGCACAGGAAGUCCUUCUGCGUUUCCUGAUGUUCACGAGCCGGUUCUUAAAAGCGUAACGUUUGUUUGCCGGGAGUUCGACUUUUUUCAGGACUUUUUUUCUGCCGUCUGGUCGGGACUCGGCUGGUCUUCCAGGGAGUUCUCGCCUCGCCUCGAAAGUCCCCUCCAUGGCGGCGGCGAGUGUCGUCCAAGCCGAGGUCAGGACCAGACGGGCAGGCUUGAGGUUUUUUUGUUGUUUUUUUAGCAUGGUGACAACCUACCUCCAUCUGGCCAACUGUCAGUUUAUUCUCAUGUUGGUGGCUAAAAUACUGUUCAGAUUUUUAAGAAAUGUACAUUUUUUGAUUGUACCAUAAGUUAUUUUAGGCUUUUUGGGUUUUUUUUUUUUUUUUUUUGUUAAUAUGAAUUUUGAGAAUUUAUUGAGGUUCUUUUUUCACCAGCACUUUUUGAUAUUGAUGGAAAUAAAGAAUGAUAGUUGG